GCAGUCAGUCGCUCUCAGCUACGACAUGCAUAACGCAUGAGAGCCCGAGCGAGAUCUUUCUAACCCGUCUCUCCUCCGUCGCCAUACACACAUACACAUACACAUACACACUCACAUACAUACACUCUCGCUCUCUCUCUCUCUCUUUCUCUUUUUCCUUAUACUCUCUCACCUACACGCUGUUCCACGCAUACACGUAUACCGUAUGUAUACGCACACGUACACUCAUGUAAAGAGAGGGACAUCUACCACUAGAAGGAACACAUACGCACGACAUCAUAUACCUACUCUACUCCCGCCGAGUCGAGUCUCUUCCGUUCCGCGAUUACCGUCGUACGUCCCUUUACGCUGAGCCGGUCGGUCGGUCGCUCGCUGCUCGGUCGUCGGUCCGCGGUGGCAACCCCCGAGUGCAGUUGCGUCGUGCAUCGUCGUCGUCGGUACGCGUUCACCACGUCGGGGCCACAGACACGACGCCAGUGCGGAGUAAUCCUCGCAUCGCCGUAGACAUCGCCGUUGCCGUCGACGUCGAGACAAGAUUAGUGAUUACUCGACAAGUUCGAAUCCCCACCAGGGAUGUGUGACCUCAGCUGAAUCGAUAUCCUCGUCGCGAGUGACUUCCCGACUCGACUCGAGGAUUGGCCAGUACAUAGCUAGGAAGCCAGCUUUCGUUUCACGUGUGAUUUUUGUGCGGGAACGAGUGACCGCAACAAGGUUGUCGACAGAGAGAGAGCGAGAGAAAGAAUCAAAUUCCGGAGCGCCGCGACAGAGCGGUGCUCCGAUCUGGAGACGCGUUUUUCCUCCGCGGGGACCCACCCCGCCGGAGUGAACGGGAGAAACGGUAUACACCGACAAUCAUCUCUCACCGCGAAUACGUCGAUGUUUCCGUAUUAUUGCAUACAUGACACUUUUGAGAAACUAUGGACGAAACUUUAUCACGAACGACGACCAGCUUCGUCUGGUCUCCGGUGUGUCGACGCGAACUGUGGAUUGUGCGACGAGUGAUCAGUGAUUACUAAGAGAUCUGUUUUUCCAAGAUCGUCGCUUUUCGUGAGGUGACUAGACAUAUGACUGACAUAUAGCUGCAUCUACGAUCCUGCGAGGAGAAGAAUCUCCGAUAAUCUCAACCCGUUCUCGUAGGAGUUUUCUCUUCACCGUGUUAUAAAAUCUUCAUUUUUCCAUCUAUCGUGAAAAACAAGAGUUCAGAAGAUUAUUUGCGAAAGGGGUGCGAAGAAAAAUCGUACCCCGUGGACGUUCCACGGUGGGGAACCCCACAUCGAGAGGGUUUCGCGAAGCCUCUCGACAAGCAGGAAGUAGAUGGCCGCUACUACGUACAUGCCGGUUAGUAGCGCAGUGUCUACCGACCUGGAUGGUGGUUCGGGUACAACGAUCGGGAUGAACAUCGCCGUGAGUGGCUAUUCCUCGGGUUCGCCUCGCAGCGCCGCCGACGCUGGCGAGAUGAAGUACAUGCCGGCUCCGCAGCAUCAUCAUCACCAUCACCAUCAUCAUCAGAUGACGUCUUCGCCGUCGCCAAACGGACUUUCCCAUCCUGCGAGUCUCUCGUCGGCGAAUCCAUGGGUGAGCCUACAGCCCGGUAGCGAUCCUUGGGCGGCUUCGAUGGGCAUGGCGCAUCACACUAGCCAUCAUCCUCAUCAUCAUCCCCAUCAGGCAAACACGAGCCUCGAUGUGAAGCCGUUGACCGCGGCAGCCGCGGCGAACGCGACGGACCAGGGUAUGCAUCAUCGUGCCCCGCACCAGUCUCCGGGCAUGGCCUCGCCGCAUUCUUGGCACGCACCGGUCGUCCCGUCGGCGCACUACAACCCUAGCGGUGGCGCGGCCUCGCCCACCACCCUCCAACAAUACCAUGCAGCGAUGAACGGUAUGCUGCAUCAGCAUCCGCAUCAGCAUCCACAUCAGCUGCACAAUCAUCAAACCGGUCUACCUCACCACUUGAGGGACGCGCACAAUCAUAGUCCACCGUCGGGGCAUCCUUUGCACGCGGGCCAUCCUCUCGAUAGGGAUCACAGCGCUGGCGAGGAGGACACGCCGACGUCGGACGACCUCGAGGCCUUCGCCAAGCAGUUUAAGCAACGGCGCAUCAAACUCGGCUUCACCCAGGCGGACGUCGGUCUCGCGCUCGGUACUCUCUACGGCAACGUCUUCUCGCAGACAACAAUAUGCAGGUUCGAGGCUCUACAGUUGAGCUUCAAAAAUAUGUGCAAGCUGAAGCCGCUGCUGCAGAAGUGGCUCGAGGAGGCGGACUCGACGACCGGCUCGCCGACGAGCAUCGACAAGAUCGCCGCUCAGGGUAGAAAGCGAAAGAAGAGGACGUCGAUCGAAGUGUCGGUGAAGGGUGCGCUCGAGCAACAUUUUCACAAGCAACCAAAACCAUCGGCCCAGGAGAUCACGUCGCUGGCGGACUCGUUGCAACUAGAGAAGGAAGUGGUUAGGGUGUGGUUCUGCAAUCGGCGACAAAAGGAAAAGAGAAUGACGCCGCCCAAUACACUCGGCGACGGCAUGAUGGAGGGUAUGCCACCGGGCCACCAAAGCCAAGGCGGUCUUCAUCAGGGUUAUCAUCCGCAGGAUCAUCUGCACGGUUCGCCCAUGGGUCAUAGCCACAGUCCGCCGAUGCUCAGCCCUCAGGCCCUUACGGCCCACUCGCUUGCGGCUCACUAGCGUUCGCCGGGGCCUCCCCCGUUGGGCCUCGCGGUAACCUCACAGAACUCGGCAAACGUGUCGUCGACGGCGGAAACGACGACUCUGCCGCCGUUCUAUCAUCACUACCUUCAGGCACGCACCGGCAGUUACACGACCUCGUAGCUGACCGACUCACGGCGCCCUUUCUAUCUAUCGGACGGCGGCGCUCGUUACCGAGACGAGGGUACGGAAUGGUGGCUCGUCCAACGAGGUUCAACGGGGUUUAACGAGGCCGAGACCGGUCCAUCGGGGAGGCUGAGGAGCUGACGCGCACGGUCGGUGAUUUUUUGUCGACCUUGACCGCGCGCAUAGACCCGGAGAGAGAGAGAAAGAGAGAGAGAGAGAGAGAGAGAGAAAGCUGUGGACGGAACAGACAGAAUAAGAGAAAUACGGAAUAAGAGAGAAUGCCGUGACUGUCGCGGCCGUCGGCGAACAUCGGUGAUCGGUUUUACGCCCGAGUUCUACAAAAUAUCUUCAUCUCUGAAGUAUCAUCGCCUUGCCGUCAUCGUCAUCGUCAUCUUACACCGUUCUACGCACGACUUCAGCUAUUUUUUUUUCCAUCGACCGAUGUUUCGGUGAUAAGUGAAAUAUCUCUCUCGUGUUUUCCGCGACGCGACACUAAAGGAGAUCCAGUAGCGUUCCUCUCAAAGGGUACCAUUGACGGACGUGGUAAUGACGUUCCUCCUUCGCGCGGCCAGGUCGGGGCCCGUUCGUCCGUUCGUGGAAUCCGAGCUGGAUCGCGGACCUUGUUGGCUGUUUGCUGUUGUUGUUGUUGUUGUUUCAUCGUCAUCGGUGAGCGAAAGUGGUUAACUCAGCGGUCUCCGAUGAGGACGCGAAAAAGGAUGGUUUAAUAACGAGGUGCGCGGACGCAAGAUGAACUCGGGCGAGGGUGCGGUUAAAAAGAACGGAGGUGUUUUCUCUCUCUCGCCCGCGAACGAAGCGAGAAUAUCGGACACGAAACACGGAUCGCAAGGGUGUUUUUUUCGCGUGCGCGUGCGAUUUUCCCUUAUCUCCCACGGGGUCCGAAAUUUGCGGCGGACGAACGGGCGUCAAGAAAAGAACAUACGUAAAGAGCGAGUGCUGUGUUCGCGCGGGAUUUGCUCGGAGCAAACCCGGCGGAUGAUGUAACAUAAGUAAAUAUGGACUGUAAAUAAUGUACUAGAUAAAGCUAGUAAGUUAAGUGAGAGAGAGCAUGAAUCGUCGUCGUCACCGUCGUCGUCGACAACGAGCGAAAAAACAGACGCGGGAGCUGGAAUAAACGGAGGAAGGAGAUAUAAAGAGAGAUGAGAGGAGGGAGAGAGACAAGGAAUAUGCAGCGCGACAAAGUAAAAAAAA